AUGGCAAUGUAUGUUUCAGUUGCCAGCCAAAAUGCCGCCCCCACUACUACCCGUCGGUCUGCAAAUUACCAUCCUAGCGUUUGGGGAGACCAUUUUCUCAGAUAUGCUUUUGACACUACAGAAAUUGAUACUCAUUCAGAGCAACAACAUCAACAACUAAAAGAAGAAGUGAAGAAGAUGCUAGGCACCGUUGCUAAUAAGCCUUCACAGCAGCUGAACUUGAUUGAUGCAAUCCAGCGUCUAGGCGUGUCUUACCAUUUCAAUACUGAGAUUGAUUCAGUUUUAGGACACAUUUAUGAGUGUUGUACUAGUUGUGAUAAUAAAGAUGACGGUGACCUUUACACUUCAGCCCUUCGUUUCCGAUUGCUUAGACAACAAGGACAUAAUGUCUCUUGUGAUGUGUUCAAGAAGUUUAAGGAUGACGAGGGGAAAUUCAAGGAAUCCCUCAACACUAACGUUCAGGGAUUGUUAAGCUUGUACGAAGCAAUACAGCUCAGGGUGCAUGGAGAAGGUAUACUAGAGGAAGCACUAGCAUUUACUACUACCAACCUCAAGUUCUUGUUACCCCACUUGACCAAUCCUCUGGCUGAACAAGUAAAUCAUGCUCUACAAUGGCCCAUCCGCAAUUGCUUAACAAGGCUAGAGUCGAGGCAUUACAUGUCUAUUUACCAAGAAGACAAUUUGCAUAAUCAAGUAGUACUAAACUUUGCAAAAGUGGAUUUUAACCUAUUGCAUAAAGUGCAUCAGAAGGAGCUAAGUGGUAUUACAAGGUGGUGGAAAGAUUUAGACUUUUCGAGAAAAUUACCUUUUGCAAGAGACAGAUUGGUGGAGUGCUACUUUUGGAUAUUGGAAGUGUACUUUGAGCCCCAAUAUUCCAUUUCACGAAAGAUAUUAACCAAAGUAAUUUAUAUGACUUCCAUUGUGGAUGACAUCUAUGAUGUAUGGGGGACCCUUGAAGAACUUGUGCUCUUCACUGAUGCAAUCGAAAGGUGGGACAUCAUGAAAUGGAGAAAGAGAUGGCCGAGAAAGGCAAAACAUAUUUGCGUCAAUUAUGCUAAAGAAGCAAUGAAAAAAUUAAUUAGAGCAUACUUUCAAGAGGCCAAGUGGUUUAAUGAAGACUAUGUUCCAACAACGGAGGAGCAUAUGGAGGUGGCGCUUGUUUCCUGUGGUUACAUGAUGCUUUCCACCACUUCCUUUGUUGGCAUGGGAGAACUGGCAACCAAGGAGGUCUUUGAUUGGGUUUCCAGUGAACCUUUGAUUGUUAGAGCUUCAUCCGUAAUUAAUAGACUCAUGAACGACAUGGUUGGACACCAGCAUGAGCAAGAGAGAGGACACGUAGCAUCAGCUGUGGAAUGUUACAUGAAACAACACGGUGCUUCAAAGCAAGAGGCGUAUGCUGAGUUUGACAAACAAGUUACAAAUGCAUGGAAGGAUAUAAACCAAGAAUGCCUACAUCCAACCGCUGUCCCAAUAUCUUUUCUAAUGCGGGUUCUUAAUCUUGCGCGAGUUAUAAAUCUUCUCUGA